AUGGAGACCUUAUUCGAGGACCUCUAUACUUUGGAGAGGGACAAGGUCUACCUUGCCACUCAUUGCCUCGAGCGGACGGCGAAGGUUUGGUGGAAGCGAAUCAAGAGAAACCGAGCUUCCAACCUUCCGCCAUUGACGUGGGAGGAAUUCCGGGGAUUGUUUUAUGUUAACUACUUCCCCGAUAGCGAGAAGAAGAAGCUCCAGGAGCAGUUUCGAAAGUUGAAGCAAGGGAACCGCACGCUCACUACCUUCGCGGAGGUGCUCGACAGAGCGUUGUGGGCAGAGCAAGGAAACGCUCACAUUCGGGAGGAUCGAGAGGCGUCCGAGAAGGACGGUGGCAAGAAGCGGGCUCAGAGUAGCUCGGGAGCUCAAACCAAGUCAAGGAAGCCCUCGAAGUACCCACGAACGCAAUCUAGAGGCCGCGGACCGCAGCGGUGCACAAUCUGUGGUGGGAACCACGAGCCGAGGACGUGUGAUCAACGGGAAGGGAAGUGCUUCACGUGUGGACAGGCGGGCCAUAUUAGCCGCUACUGUCCAGUGAGGGCUUCGCCUGCCCCUUCGGUCGCGUCGGCUCCGGCGACUCCGGCACAUUAUGGGGGAGUUCCACCUGCUGCGUCAUCGGCCGGGCAUGCGAUGGUGCCACGCCAACCGGAGGCAACAAGAUUUGCUCCGAGCGGGCGGGUAUUCGCCGCCCAAACUCGAGCCGAAGAGCCUACUGAGGCGGAGGAUCGCCAUGUACUCGCAG